AUGUCUCUAUCAUCAUCCAUCGAUGAAAACUUGGAAGAUAUGGACGUCCCCAUUUCAAAUUCAAAAUCCAAAUCCCUUCUAGUGCGACCCAAAUCAAAUACCCCUUCCUCCAUACCUUCAUCAGAUUCACAAUCACCCCCGCAAGUCACCGGUUCACCUAAUUCAGCAGAUUACGACAAGUAUUUGGAAUUAGCCACGGAUAAGAACCCGAGCAUGAUCUUGGAACUGGAUCUAGACGGUAAUAUCAAAUACGUCUCCGCUCAAUGGGAUGAAGUGGUGGGAACACAACUACCAAAUCACAUCUCCGAUCUCAUUGUCGGAUCAGAAACUGAUAAACUGGUUUUCAAUAAAGCUAUGGAUAUGAUGUUGUUGAAUGAUAACGUUAGUUACACAGUCACUUUUAACGUUUCCACCCAGAAUCCGAAUCCAUCCGCAGAUGUAAUGACAUUGGAAGCUUCAGGGAUCCUUAUACGAGAUAAUAAGACUCAAUUGGCACAGUAUUCCAUGUGGAUCAUGAAACCUUAUAACCCAGAAUGGCACGCUAACCAUCUGGAUAGUGUCUUGCCCUCGGAAUUGAUUAAACGACUCGGCUUUGGUGCGGCUCUAUUUGCAGAUUAUUUAAAGACUAUUGAAAAUGAAAUGAUAUUUGAUGAAUCUGAUGCUCCAGUGCCCAAGACUGAACUAUGCCGUGUUUGUGAAACGUACGUCCCGGCAUGGUGGUUGGAGACUCAUUCACAAAGUUGCGUUUGUGAACAUAGAAUUCAAUCACUUAUUCAAUUGUUACAUGAUAAUUUGGUGGAACAAUUGGAUUUAUUAAGCCGUCCAGAAAAAAUUGAAGAAUACAAGGGCAUCCCCAUUGAAGUGAAGUCGAAAGCUUUCUUAAAACUAUCCUUGCAAUCAUUGAAAGAAUUAUGUGAAGUCGCCAUAAAUAUAAAUACAAGUGAAAUGAUUUCAAAUUAUGAUACCACAAAUUUAAAAUAUAAUUUAACUCAAAAUACAAAUGAUGGCGCCGUAACAAAUCAAUUCCCAUCUUUACCAACAGAAAAUUUCACAGAUACAUUCUACCAAUUUUCACCAAGAACAACAUCAAAUAUUCAAAAUAUUCAAACUUGGAAAUUAGAUUUCCCCAAGGAUGAUGAAGAUCCAGGAUUAUCACUACUAAUUCAUGAUACAAUAGACCUGGCUAAGAGGAAAGUAGACGCAGUGUUGAGACUGGAUAAUGCAAUGACAUAUUCUUUAAAGAUUCAAAAUGAAGUGAAUAAUUACGUCUUACAACUAAUUAGAGAACAGAUUGAAAAUAACAGAAUAAGUAUUUCUCACACAAUGGAUUUCCCCUACGUUGGUUCCCCCAUGCCAUCUAUUUCUAACUCUACAUUUGCCAAUACAUCCGGGUCCGUGGCAACAAUGACUAAAAAUUUCGAUACGGGAUUAGGAAUAAGUACUGCGCCGGAAAGUAACUCAAAUCUAUCAUUUCAAAGUCCCGUCCCGAAAUUAGCAUCACCAAGACCACAACGAAUAAAUAGUGGUCUCUUUGCUGAUGCAUAUUUAACAGCAGAUAAUAUUCCAGAACCGAAAAGACAUGAUUCUCGAAAUAGUCUUAACACUAACACAUCCACUGAUGAUGUCGAAACAAUGGGGAGUAGAACAUCACGCUCCUUAUCAAGAUCUGUAACACCAAGACAACAAAUGGAUUUCCCCAAUGAAGAUUCAGAAAAGAUACGACAUGGGCAUGAAGAUAAUAAUAAUAGCAUAACAAGUACACCUCUUAAUUCAAAUGUUCCCAUACCGACAAGUUAUUCAACUUCUUCAAAUUUAAAUCCAAAUAAUAGUAUUCUACCAAAACUAACAACUAGUAUUUCUUUAACACCAAGAAGAGGUUCACCAUUACCUGAAAAUUUGGCAAGUUAUAAAAUGCAAAGAAAUAAUUCCAAGAUGAGUCAUGAUAAAUCUAUAAUGAAUUCACCCAUGGUAACGAAUAAAGAUUUCCUCACUCCAGAACAACAUCCAUCGUCAUUAUCAUUUUCUAAUCAGCCUUUAUCUCCUCUUUUAUUGGCCACAAAUCAAACAAAGAAUUUAACCCCAACUAUUAAAGAUUACACUAUAUUGAAACCAAUUAGUAAAGGUGCGUAUGGUAGUGUUUAUCUGGCACGUAAAAAGAUCACUGGUGAUUAUUUUGCAAUUAAAGUCUUGAAAAAAUCAGAUAUGAUAGCCAAAAAUCAAGUUACUAAUGUAAAAUCAGAGCGUGCAAUUAUGAUGGUUCAGAGUGAUAAACCCUAUGUAGCUAGACUCUUUGCCACCUUCCAGAACAAAGAGAAUUUAUUUCUUGUUAUGGAAUAUUUACCAGGUGGUGAUUUAGCUACAUUGAUUAAAAUGAUGGGUUAUCUACCUGAUCAAUGGGUAAAACAAUAUCUGACCGAAAUUAUAGUUGGAGUGGAUGAUAUGCAUCGAAAUUGGAUUAUUCAUCACGAUUUGAAACCGGAUAACUUGUUAAUUGACAAUUUAGGUCAUGUCAAAUUGACAGAUUUUGGUUUGUCAAGAGCUGGUUUGAUUCAUAGACAUAAAUUCGUAGAUCGAGUGAAAAGUUUGAGUCCAUCAACAGAAAUAUUGAGCAACAUAAAGGGUACAACAAAUAACCAAUUACAAAGUCCUGAUAAUCGUUCCAAUAGUGGGAGCCAUGAACAUCCACUACUAACUAAACGAUCAUUGGAAGGUACUACUGCUGAUGAUCGUGGCAUUCAUAUGAGUACACCAAAACCCAUUAUAGGACAUUCAACGCCAACAAUAGAUACGGAUCAUAGCAUAACUUCAUCUUCUAUAAAAAGAAGCGAUUCACAACUUUCCGUCUCUACUUUAGAUAUUUCAUAUUCUGGUACACCUCUUUUACAAGGUAAUGAAUGGACCCCACAGCGUUUAAGAACUUCCUCACAUACCAGUUCUGGAUACACAGAGAGUAAUUCACCUGCUUCAGAUUUAGCAUUGUUUCAUCCUGACGAUUCUAAGCAAGAUAAGAAAUUUUUUGGUACUCCUGACUACUUGGCACCAGAAACUAUCGAAGGUACCGGGGAAGGAGAUCAAUGUGAUUGGUGGUCAGUGGGAUGCAUCAUGUUUGAACUUUUAUUUGGUUAUCCACCUUUCCAUACAAACACACCCGAGGGUGUCUUUCGAAAGAUUUUGUCAGGGAAAAUUGAAUGGCCACAAUUUGAUAGUAUCGAGGAGGAACGCGAAAUAUUAUCCCCAGAGGCUAAAGAUUUAAUAAUGAAAUUACUAGUGGUUGAUCCCAGUAAAAGACUAGGUGCUAAUGGUGCUGAUGAAAUCAAGCAACAUCCAUAUUUCAAAGAUGUUAAUUGGGAUCAUGUUUAUGACGAAGAGGCUUCUUUUGUUCCAACAGUAGAAAAUCCUGAAGAUACAGAUUAUUUUGACACUAGAGGUGCCGUGUUAGAAAAUUUUGGUGAUGAUUACGAGGAUAAAGAGAUUCCUAAAUAUGAUAUUAGAGAUGUCCCCGAUAUUCAAAAGACAGCACUCAUGUCUCCUCUACUUGAUGCCAAGACUGGAACACCAAAAAGAUGGUCAAGUGUUCCUAAUAACACUAUUUUACAUGAUAGCAAGCUUCAUACUCCAAUAAAUAAAUUGAGUGUUUCCUCGCUAUUAGGAACCGUUCCAAAGGAGGAUUUGAUCAAAAACUCACCUACAAUCAAAGGUAUUCCAGCAGCUAUUCCACCGCAUAUGCGUGAUAGAAGAGCAAGUAAAUUAAAUGAACCACAAACAGAAUUUGGAUCCUUUUAUUUUAGAAACUUGUCUGCUUUAGACAAGGCCAACAAAGAUGCCAUUAAUAGAUUGAAGAAUGAGCAUAUGAUUGAAUUUCCAAAUUCUCAUCGACGAACCUCUUCAACCUCCGUUAUAAGUUCUCCUUCUGAUGCAACAACUUCCAAAUUAAGGGCUACAAAGUAUUCCAUUACAGGAUCGCCAAUUAUUGGAGGUACAGCUAAAGCAACAGGAAGGUCUGACAGUUCAUCCAUACGAUCCUUUUCACCAGAACGUGGUUUCAGUAUUGACCCAACAAAUGUUAAUCGUUCAAGAAAGGGUAGUAUCGGUGGAUUAGUAAACAAUAGUAACAAUAUGUUGCUCUUUAAUGAUUCAGAUGUGCCAAAAUUUAAAUCUCCGCUAUCACCAUCUAAUACAACGGCAAGUCUUGCGCCCUUAUCAUCUCAUCCAAAACUACUUUCAAAAAGUAUAUUUCAAAGGGCAAACUCAAGUGAACUUUCAGUUGAUGAGAGUGAUCGUCUACAGGCUGUCGCUACAGUUAAUUCUUUAAGAUAUAGAAGGGAAAGUGGUAGAGGAAGUUCAGGAGCUGGAAUUGGCUCGACGGGAAUCGGCUAUCAUAUGGAUAUUCUCCUAUGUGAACCCAUCCCAAUUCAUAGGUAUCGUAUGAAGAAAGAUUUGGAGAGUUUGGGUUGUACGGUUUUAACAGCUGGUGCUGCAGAUGAAUUAAUAAGCAGAGCUGAUGGACAGAUAAAAUUCGAUCUGAUAAUGACUCCUCUACGAUUACCCAAGGUUGGUUCAUCUGAUAUUAUCAAACUUUUGAAACGAGCAAACGGGGCUAAUUCUACGACACCAAUUGUUGCAGUAACAAACUACUACCAAGAAGCCAUGGCCUCAGGUGUAUUUGAUGAUGUUAUGGAAAAACCAAUAUCUAUUAAAGAAUUACGAAAGCUGAUAGCAAAAUAUGCACUAAAGAAAAGUCAACAAGAAGAAGAUACUUUGUUUAGUGAUUACGACGAAAUACAAAUGUCACAUUAA